AUGUAUCUGACAGAAGAAUCAGUUACAAAACGAAUUGUGUUAAGUUCAAUCGCUAAGGUGUACGACCCUCUUGGACUUUUGUCCCCCAUUACGACCGUACUUAAAAUACUGUUUCAAGCCAUUUGCAAGGACAAGAACAUUACCUGGGAUGAUGUUCUCGAAGAUGAGACAGCGAAAUCGUGGAAAUCCGCGUUGACUAAUAUGAAAGAAACCUCGACAGUCGAUUUGAAUCGAUGCUAUAACCCUCAGAUUGAUCGAAAGGAAAUCAGAUCAGUAGAAUUACACGGAUUCGGUGACGCUUCGGAGAAAGCGUACGGAGGAGUAGUGUAUAUUCGUAUCAGAACAGGAACGCUUGUUUCGUGUCAACUCGUUGCAUCCAAGUCAAAAGUCGCUCCCAUAGGGGGAGAAACAAUUCCGAGGCUAGAACUGUUAUCAGGGCUGGUGCUUGCAAGAUUAAUGUCACAUGUUCGACGUGAACUGGAAGGAAAAUACAAGAUUGAUCGCGUUGUCUGUUGGUUCGAUUCAGAGAUUGCCCUGUGGUGGAUUACAGGGACGGGAAAAGAGUAUAAACUGUUUAUUCAAAAUCGAGUUGUAGAAAUUAGGAAGUUAAUUGAUCCGAAAUCGUGGCGUCAUGUGCCAACCGACCAAAAUCACGCGGACGUUCUUUCUCGUGGUUCACUUGCAUCGGAAUUGAAAGAAAUGCGUAGUUGGUGGUGUGGUCCAGACUUCCUGCAAGGUGACGAGUCUGGCUGGCCAAAGAAUACCAAGUUUCAAGGGGAUAAUUUCGCAGCUCAAUUGCCCGAAUUUGAAGAAAUACAAUCUGUGUCUACAACCUUGGUUCAGGAUGAGAAAUCAACUAUUGGCGAGUUAAUCGAUUGUCAGAAUUACAGCGAUUAUGAGAAACUCGUUCGUGUCACCUGCUACGUGGUUCGCUUCGUAAAAAGUGUGCGGAAAAUGAAAGAACACCGACCAUCAUCCUUGGAGCUAGACGAAAUCGAAUUGUCCGAAGCAGAAAUUUUGUGGAUAAAAGACGCCCAGAGAUACUCUCGAGCAGAGCCUAAUUUCAAGCCAAGAAAAAGGUCGUUGCGACUGUUCGAAGAUGAGUAUGGAAUUUUAAGAUCGCAAGGAAGACUGGAUUUCACUCGAUUACCUUACUGUACACGUCAUCCAGCAGUUUUGCCAAGGGGUCAUCAUAUCACAACACUGAUCGUUAGAAAAUGUCAUAGCCGAGUCAUGCACAAUGGGGUUAACGAGACACUGGUCGAAUUACGAUCCAAGUAUUGGGUAGUUAAGGGAAGACAGGAAGCUCGAAAGGUAAUUUCCAGAUGUACUACAUGCAAACGAAUUGAAGGCAAAUGUUACCGAGCACCAUUGCCACCUCCACUACCUCGAUUUAGAGUGUCCGAAGACUUCGCUUAUACGCAGUUGGGAGUGGACUUUGCAAGUCCGGUGUACGUAAAGAAUGUUUAUACUCGAGCUAAGACGACGUACAAGGCUUACAUCGCCUUAUUUACAUGUGCCUCUACACGCGGCAUUCAUUUGGAACUAACUCCUGAUCUUUCUGCGCAAGCUUUCGUUCGAAGUCUACAGCGUUUCAUAGGACGACGCGGAGUACCUAG